AUGGACAUGUUGGGCUCUUCUAGGCCGUGGGAAUGUGAGGGUAUUGAGAGAGUGCAGAUGCAAAUGAUGGCUCGAUCGAUCUUGGUUAUUGGUUUAGUAUUUUUGGUUGUGAGCGCAAAUGCUUUGGAUUGCAACCAAGCUGUGCUUAGUCUAUCACCCUGCCUAUCCUUCGUUAUUGGUUUUGCCCCAACACCCGCCGCUCAAUGUUGUGCAGCGGUAGCGAACUUGAACUCACAAGCUAUUACGAAAGAGCUACGUCAAGAGCUAUGCAACUGUUUGAAAAAUGCUUUCAAAGAUUAUGGGUCGUAUGUCGCGAAAGCUAAACAAAUCCCAGAAUUAUGUCAUAUUUCAAUACCUGUGCCAAUCGAUCCAAAUGUUGAUUGCAGCACGAUUAACUGA